AUAAUAAUGAUCAAGAUGGCUACUACUGAAUCCUCCUUACGGUAGCUAACCUCCAGUUUCAUGGAAGCGCCGAAAACUGCUUUUCCUCGCUGUUUGAGUCCCUCGUAGGCGACGGGGGAUGAACCACGGAUCAAACUUUAUGGAUUAAAACGGGCGGAGAGCAGAUAAAAGUGAUCGCGUUGCCUGCAGCUCUCAUUCUCAGGACGCUAGCUAGCAGAGCAACUAGAGCAACUAGCAGAGCAACUAGCAGAGCAGCCAGCUAGCUCCGCUCCUCGACCCGUCUCCAGCUUUCAGCCAGCGGCGGCUCACAGCAGCGCCCUCCUCCCCGCUUUAGGUGCCCGCUCGUCGGUCGGAGAGCGUCAAAUGGCCGAGCCGAGGAAAGUACCGUUCGUCACCAUCUCCUCCUUCAGCACGUCGCCGACAGCAGCCCCGGAGACCGGCAAGAAGCGCCGCCGCGAAGAUGAGGCCGCCGACAUCACUUUUGGGAAAGAUGGAGGUGGAGGUGCCGCGGCGGUCGGGUCAGGAGGUGGCGGAGGUCCUUUCGGGAAAGGAGGCGACGCAGAAACCGGGGAGGUGAAGCCGACCGUCCGCCUCUCACUGCCGCUGUCCGAGCCCAGCGACCGGGGCUCCUCCGAGUUCAACUACGGAGAGCUGCUGAGCUCAACUCUUUCUCAGGUAAAGCAUGCAGGUUCAACAGUCCCGAAAGGACUCACUCCUCCACUGGACCCCAACGACCCGUUUGCUGACGACGAUCGGGAGAGACGGGAAGUGGAAGAGCUGGCCAAGAAAUUUGAGAGCAAAUAUGGUGGUGUCUCAAAGAAGAAGAAAAAGGACAGGAUGCAGGAUCUCAUUGACAUCGGCUAUGGCUACGAUGAGACUGACCCGUUCAUUGACAAUUCAGAGGCUUACGACGAGCUGGUCCCUGCUUCUCUCACCACAAAACACGGAGGCUUCUACAUCAACACGGGCACUCUGCAGUUCAGAGCAGCGUCCGACUCUGAGGGAGAAAACGCAGGAACGGAGGAUAAUCGCUUCAAAAAGAUGAAAGAUGGCGAGGAGCGGGUGAUUAAAAAACGCCGGAAAAAGCAAGAUGGUGGAAUUCUGGAAGACAAGAAACCUCGAAAGAAUAAAGUACCAAAGCCCGGAGUUACAGCCCUGAAUGUUCAUCGUCCAGAGAAGAAAAAGAGGAAGAAGCUGAUGAAGGAUUCCCUCCACCUGGCCAACAUGCUGCGUCGCUUCACCAGGGAGAAGGAGGAGAUGCGCAAGAAGAACAUGGUCGCCGCCGGUCUGCCACGUCCCACCGCCAAAGUGCCCAACGCCAACAGUGCACUCCUCAACGCUCAGCCCAAGGCUGCCGGGGGCAACGAUUGCAACAUGGCUGACCUGUCGGCCGACCCCGCGGUGAUGUCACUGCUGGGCACAGCCAAUAACGACUUACUGCAGGACAUGAUGGGCGACCUGGACUUCGGGAUGCUGGACUCUCCUCAGCCCUCCAGUCCUCUGCAGGGAGAGAACGGCUCCUUUGCGAUGGGACAAAAAGCAGGCGGCAGCAAAGUGUCACAGGGUAACGUGGUGGCUCCUCCUCCGCUGCCCAGUGGACUUCCUGCUCCGCUCACAAAACGCAUCGAGGACCUGAGAGCGGCGUCCCGUCUGUUUGAUGCAGAGGGCAGGAAGAAAUUCUUCACAUUGGACAUGAACAACAUCCUACUAGAUAUCGAGUUGCAGGUCCAGGAGCAGCUUCCAGAGGUGCGUUCAGUCGUCUACUCUCACCUGGAGGCCUUCGUGCCCUGCAAUAAAGAAGCUCUGCUCAAACGCCUUAAGAAGCUCAGCCUCAACAUACAGGACGACCGUCUCCGAACGCCCCUGCUGAAGCUGAAGCUGGCAGUGUGCAGCGUGAUGCCGGAGCAGAUUGCUCGCUACAACAUGGACUGUAUCGCUAAAGUGGCAAAGCAGCAGUCUGAGGAGGGAGAGAAGAACGGCUCGGAGGACGAUGACGAGGAGAAACCAGGGAAGAGGGUGAUGGGCCCUCGAAAGAAGUUUGUCUGGGACGACAAACUCAGGUUAUUGCUGUGUAACUUGGUGCGGGUGAAGCUCAGCUGCUACGAGCUGGAGGGCAAGAACUCGCUGUCUCCAGAGGACUACCUCAAAGCCUUCAUGGAGACUGAAGUCAAACCUCUUUGGCCGAAAGGCUGGAUGCAGGCCAGGAUGCUGUUCAAAGAGAGCAUCAUGGCGCACGGUCACCUCACAGGCUACACAGCAAAGAAAAAGAUGGUCCCUACUCCCAAGGCCAAGCCAAAGGAUGCGGUCUGGGUUCAGCGUUCGACGCCUUCGACGGGUGCCUCUCCCUCUCCUGCAGCCCAGGUUGCUAAGCGACCACCUCAGUCACCGGCUGAACCCAUAUGUCUCGAUUCCCUCGACGGAGUGCUGACAGCUCCCUCACUGGACUCCAUCUCGCAGGCCUUGGCCAUCCUUGGUAACGCAGCUAAGGGCCUCGCCCACGGAGACAGCCCCCCGUCCCCGGAGGGGCCCAAGACCGCCGCCAAGCCCUCGCCGCUCCACGCCUCGCCGCUCAUACAGCAGCAGCAGAAAAAGAACUCCGUCAGCUCUCCCAGCUCCAACGCACCUCACUACAUCUCUACCUCUUCGUCGUCCUCCACCCCUCUGUCUCGGCCUCCCUCCAUCACGUCCUCCCCGCUGGCCUCGGUGAGGGUGGACGGGAUGGGGGUGGUGAAGGGCACGGUGCAGGCGCACAGACACUCAGUGUUGAACACUCAGAGGACUUUGGCUGUGGGCGUGGCUAAAGCCAACAUGCCUGCCUCGGCGCCGCCGCCCAAACCGCGUCCGCCGCCCACCGCGUCUCCGCUCGUGCCCCCGGGGUCAAAGACGGGGGUGUCCACUCCCCCGUCCGGCCUCCUCAAAGGCAGCAAUAAUAAAACCAACAGUGGUGACACACUCAUCAUCACAUCGCCUCAGUCUCGGCCACACACCCUCACGUCCCCGUCACACAUGACGCCCAAAACCUUCCAGACGCCUCGCCUGCCCCUCACCCCGCAGACUAAGUCCUCCCCCUCCCUCCCUCAGACCCUUUCUGGAGUUCAGCCCCAGCCGCAGUCGAACUUCAUCACCCCUAUGCACGCCACGCUCACCAAAUCCACCCACAGCAGCAUCCCGCCCAUCGUCAAACUCACGCCCCGCACCCUCAACCCCGCUGUGACCGCCGCCACCACCUCAGCCGCGCCCUCCAUCCCCAGGUCUCAGGCAAACCCCCCCAUACACCAGUACUCCCCGAAGAGCCCGGCAGGGUUCCGCGCGCCGUUCUCAGGGGCCACAGCAGGAGUGACCAAGCCGGGACAAGUCGGCUUCACUCCUCCAGGCCAGAAGACGCCCAACAACAGCAACAACAGCACCACCAACACCAGCCUUAUUAACACCAUAUCCAUCAGCAAACAUUCAGGAUCCAGUGCCUCCCCCACACCCGCCUCCGCCAACGCAGGCCAGCGCCAGAGGCCGGGGGGCGGGACACCUCAGGGGGCCAAGCCUGUCGCGUCUGUCCCAUCGUCGUCCGUCUCCUCUCAGUUGCCACAGGACCAAGUUGUUUUCUGUACACAACACAGACAGCUUCUCCACCUCGUCCCAGUAUGUGGACUCAUACCCUCCAGAGAUGGAGGACUUGAUGAUGAUGUUGCUAAGGGUGGGAAGGCGGUGCAGUCGUGGGUGUAG